ACGAUGCAUGCGCGUAGCUUUGUGUUUGUUUGACAAUUGAACGCUUUCGAACGUCACAAAAUAACAACAAACCCGAAUUUAUUUCAGAGUUCUGCAGUGCUUGCUUACCGUGAAACCUUUUUCCCCUGCAUUCUUUGGCUUGCAACUGUUUACCUUCUCCCUGCAGUGUAUUACCCCAUUUUCAUCAUAGAGGAAAAGCAGGCACCACUUGAAAUCAUUAACGAGAUGAAGCCGAACGUUGUCGCGGACGAAAUGUUUCCGGAAGGCCCAGGUCCGUUCAUGGAUCUGGAAGAGGCAGGAGGAUCUACUGGGUUGCUGAUGGAUUUGGCUGCUAACGAAAAGGAUGUUCAUGCUGAUUUCUUCAAUGACUUUGAAGAUCUCUUCGAUGAAGAUGAGGAUGCACAGAUGUAAGAACUUAUCGGUUGUUCUAUGACAAGGGUCUCCAAACUACGGCCUCUCCUCCUUGGGAAAAUGUGGCCCAACGAUAUGGUCAUUCCACCCAAUGCGGCCCGCGUUAAACAAUGUUUGGAGACCCCUGUUUUAUGAUGUUCAGCAGACCAAAUAAAACAAUGUCAUAAGAAUAAAUCCCCUGUAUUUACAACCAUGUGUGUGUUUACCAGAAUUAUGGGAAUUCUCAUCGUAAAAUAAUAAAUCUUUUUCUGUCUCAUUUUCCA